CCGGAUUUAUGUGAACCUGAAAAUCCCGACGACACCACUAUCAGCAUUAGCAUGAUCAUUGAUGGAUUUUGUUUUUCAAGCGCAAGUGUUAGUGACCGCGAUCGCGUGAAGAGGGUAAUGAGAAGCCACCGGUAUUAGUCCUGUGUUUAAAACGAAUUGUGAUGAACGUCUGCCAGCGAUUGCCACAGGAAUUAAUUGUAAGCAAAAUGGUGGUGAUAAGAGCUCAUUGGAUUCACCGUUGGUGCACUCUGUUAGCUUCAAUCGUAGUGCUUUACACGAUCGAUUCCGGUCUGGCGCAACGGUGCGGCCAGGUUCAAACGCUGAAGCAAGGUCUCAUUUUUGGUGGUGCUACAUCAGCCCCAGGAAUGUGGCCUUGGCAUGUGGCCAUUUUUCAUCGUGAAUCUGUGCGCAGCACCUCCUAUAAGUGUGGUGGUACAAUCAUCAAUAAGGACACAGUGCUGACGGCUCAUCAUUGCGUGGUAGAGAACCAACGACCGAUCGCCGCGAAUCGAUUGAUCGUACGUGCCGGUGUCUUUGAUCUGGACGUUCGUGGCCCAACACUGCAAGAAGCACGAGUGUUCGACAUCAUCUCGCCGGAGGGUGCCAGUGCUCUGUACUUCACGGAUGAUAUCGCUAUCCUGCGCAUGCAGAACCAAUUCAUCUACGACGAUUAUGUGCAACCCGUGUGCAUUCGCUCCAUGGACCAGGACAUUAGCCAGUUAGUCGGAACGUUCGGAACGGUCGUUGGAUGGGGCUGGACGGAACUGGACGCAACAUCGGCUGCAUUGCGUGAGGCACACAUACCGGUGGUCAGUGCGGAAGACUGUCUGCGCAGCAAUCGGGAUCUGUUUAGCCAGGUGCUCACUACGAAGGUGUAUUGCGGUGGUAGUCGUAAUGGUACGUCGAGCUGUAACGGUGAUAGCGGUGGAGGUAUGUUCUUCAAAAUGAAUGGUUUCUGGUAUCUGCGGGGUGUGACCUCAUUCUCGGCGGUGGACCAAAAGAACAGCGGCAUCUGUGACUCGAGUAGCUACGUUGGCUACACGGAUGUGGCCAAAUACCUGGAUUGGCUCCGUAAGAAUGAUGUGCGAUUCGAGGACCCAAUGCGAAGCUCCGAUGAUUUGAGUUCUGGUUGGACGGGCAAUACGACCCUAAUUCGGCUGACCGUGGAUCCAAAGAUGAAAGCGUACCUUCAGCAAUAUAAAGGCGACAUACUUUUAAGAGUUCAACUAAACGGCAAGUCGAUUAACAGUUUAUUCCAUUGAGUAUACACAGUAUUCGAAAGUGUCGAUGUGUUUUAAAAUGUCCCUAAUUUUAUAAAACUGGUUCUGGUUCUGUCAGUUCACCUUCGCCUAGCAUGAUAGUUACUCAGUGUGCGCUUUAAAACUCUGUUUAGCGUGUCGUUCAUAAUGAGGUAAUUGAUCAGCUGAUCCUCGAAUUUACACAGUAGACCAUGAUGAUGCCCUUAGCAGGAUAAUCUUUUUUCAACUAUAGUUUUUUUUAUAUAAAAUAGAUAGUAAUAAACUAUAUACAAAUAAUCGU